GGUUGUUUGAGCAGCCACUUUUGCGACGCCGCUAGCUCCUGGUAAGUGACUCACCGUGCACCCUCCUGCCCUCCUUAAUGCUCAGCGCUGACGUGCAGCCCGUGCUGCGCCGAAAACGGCGUUCCGAGAGACAGCGGCACGGUAAAAAUCGACCGGUGGGCAAAAAGCCGCUGCGCCGGCUUGCGCCGCGCACACGGCGGCGGCCGCCCGUUUAGGGCCGCCGCGACGCCGCGCUCGGCUGCCACAACUGGCCAGCGCCGCGGCGCGCCCGCAAUGUUGCGCUUUGGCCCGCGAACGCCGGCGGCGGCCGCCCAGAGAAAAACAGCCCCCGGCCGGACCGCCGCGGCGCGCCGACGCGGCCGCGCCGCUCCCAGAGAGAAACCAACCCCUCAGCACGCCGCCGCCGCGCCCCGCCACACCCGCCCGUCUCACGCAGGCCGCCGGCGCCGCGCGCGACGAUGGACCGCUACACGAAGGUCGAAAAGGGCCAGACGCACGGCGAGGGCGCCUAUGGCGUCGUCUACAAGGGCAAGGACCGCAUCACGGGCGACUUCGUGGCCAUGAAGAAGAUUAGACUAGAACUCGAGGACGAGGGCAUGCCGUCGACCGCACUCAGAGAAAUCUCGCUGCUCAAGGAGCUGCAGCACCCGAACAUCGUGGCGCUGAAGGACGUCCUGCAGAACGACGGGCGAUUGUACCUGAUCUUCGAGUUCCUCGACAAGGACCUGAAGCGAUUCCUAGACAGCAACGAAGGGCCCUUGGACCGCAUGCUCAUCAAGUCCUACACGUACCAGAUGCUGCGGGGCCUGAACUUCUGCCACGCGCGCGGGGUCAUGCACCGCGACCUGAAGCCCCAGAAUUUGUUGGUGACGAAAGAUGGGCGGCUGAAGAUCGCGGACUUUGGCCUCGCGCGGGCGUUCUGCCCGCCCAUUCGACCGCUGACGCACGAGGUCGUCACGCUGUGGUACCGGCCGCCCGAGAUCCUGCUCGGAUCCCAAACCUACGCGCCGCCCAUGGACAUGUGGGCCAUCGGCACGAUCCUGGUGGAGAUCGGUGCAUGAAUCAAAAUUUCACGGCGCGUUCGAGACCACCCGCGGCCUGCAUUCCCCCAGACGCCGUCGACGCGCACCGGACUCACCGGUUGAUUUGCGCACAGGUCGAGAUGCAGACCAAGAAGCCCAUGUUCCCGGGCGACUGCGAGAUCGACGAGCUGUUCAAGAUCUUUAGAGUGCUGGGCACGCCGAACGAGAGCGUCUGGGCCGGCGUGGCGUCGCUGCGGGACUACCAGUCGAUCUUCCCGUCGUGGCCGCGGCUCGAGCUGUCCAAGUUCGCGGCCGGUUUGGAGGACUCGGGCCUCGACCUCCUGGACAAGUGCCUCAAGUACGCGCCGAACCAGCGCAUCUCGGCGAAGCAGGCCCUGGACCACGCCUACUUCGACGACCUCGACAAGGACGUGAUAUAAAUUCAGGGCGCCGCGCACCGCGCUUGGCUUGCCGCUUUCGUAUCGCACCGAGUCCCCCCCCACACCACUCCCCACUUAACAAGAGUUCCGUACAAA